UAAAACGUAAAAAAGUGAUACAAUGUCUUCAAAAACGCUGCAUAACGAACACAUUAAACGUCCCAUGAAUGCGUUUAUGGUUUGGUCACGCGGUCAGCGGCGAAAAAUGGCUCAAGAAAAUCCAAAAAUGCACAAUUCCGAAAUUUCAAAAAGACUGGGCGCCGAAUGGAAAUUACUUAGUGAAGGUGAAAAACGACCUUUCAUUGAUGAAGCUAAACGAUUAAGAGCGUUACACAUGAAGGAACACCCCGACUACAAGUAUCGGCCACGCCGAAAACCCAAAUCUGUCAUUAAGAAGGAAAACAAGUUUGGAUUCACGCUUGCGCCCAUAACGAUGCCACCGAACGAUCAUCAUAGCCACCUCGGCACGAUAUCGCGAGGACUGCUUCCACCGUUGGGGCCACCAGGAAUGAAUCAUCCAUUAAUUGGUCACACCGAUGAUCUCAAAAUCCCCAGGUUUUUCCCGCCAUUUCCCUAUCCUCUCUAUCCGAUUCAGCACAAAAUUGGCGAUGAUUUCGCUGGUGGAAAGUUGGCUGCGGAUCUGGCUUUUCAAGCAAUCUAUGGCUCUGGUGGUAGUUUUUAUUCUGGACACCAGAGCAUGGCUUGGCCGGGACUUACAGCUCCAAAUUGUCUUCAGGUGAAUUGCGGAUGUCCAAGUCCAUCGAAGGAUCUCAAAAGGCCAAGUUUUCUUUCUGGCAAGCCCGAGGAUCGACCAUUUCCCAGUCCAGCCCGACCAGAGGAUGACCGCUUUAGUCUGGAAGGCAAAGAUUCUAAAGAUUAUCGUAAAUUUAAUGACGAUUCUUACGAGACGACCUGCAUCGAACGGCAUCAGCAACCCCAAGAUGAUGAAAAAUCUCAAGAUCGAUAUUCAACGACGUCCUCGUCAUCUCCGAUUGUCGUGGAGAAAGUCGAGUCGAAACCCCAACCUAUGUUGACUUCAACCACCGCGAUCUCAUCCUCAUCCCCAAAACAGCAAACGAAUAAUAACAACGGCAUCAGCAAUAUAAGCAACUUCUCGGUGCAAAGUUUAACAGGAAAUGUGUCCAACUCACCAAGGUGCCACGUUAUAUGAAGGCCGCUUCCGGUUCUUCCGGACUUAAACUUCCGGGGGAACCUUGUGUCCAGUUGGACGUCGUCGACGACAACCGACUGGUGGCGCAAUACUGUACAAAUGCCGCCCAUUCUAUCACCCAUCCCCGCACAGGUAACCGCUACGAAUUUAAGCACUUCCACAACAAUAUCAACGUCACCAUCCACGACCUCGAAUAAUGGAGGUGAUGCUGCAAAUGGAAGAAAUUUCAAAGAUGAAGGGCUCCUCGAGGCCAGAAGCUUAACCAGAUCGACUACUCGGCCGUCAUCCGUUGCGAGUGUUCAGUAAGCCAUGUUAUUCUUAUUUUAUAUGUUGUUUACAUUUUCUGUCAUUUCAUAUAA